AUGGCCUACGAAAAGGAAAACCUGGAAAUUAUCGUCUGUCCGGAUUUAUCUGUCGCUGGGCUGAUCGAUAUAAAACCAGGCCCGCUGGUCAGCUACGAGCAGAGCCCCACCAAUUCGCAACCGCCGCUCCCGCUGCUCAUCCUUUUGACUGCGCUUCUGACUCUUGACCAUGUCGUCGUUUCCUUGCUUUAUGUGGCAGUCAGAAGGCGGCGCAUGCGCCGUCUUGCCAACCCGCACAACCUACCAUAUCCGCCUGGCCCAAAGCCCCUUCCAAUCGUGGGCAACAUGUUCGACAUUGCACGCGAAAACGAAGUGGCUGCCUACCAGCAACUAGCAAAGCAGUAUGGGGACUUGGUGUUUAUUAGCACUCUGGGAAAACACGUCCUCUUCGUAAACUCGUUUGAGACCGCCAAGGACCUGUUUGAAAAGCGCUCUAUCAACUAUUCGGAUCGCAACCAAUCGCCUAUGAGCCACGAUCUCAUGGGGUGGAAUUUUAGCUUUGGCCAUAUGCCGUACGGUGAUCGCUGGAAAACACAUCGCCGCAUGUUCCAUCGCCAGUUCCAGCAAUCCGUCGCCCCGAUCUACUGGCCGGUCCAGAAAGCAGAGGCUCAUGCACUCCUCCGCCGGCUCCUCCAUUCACCGGAGAACCUUGUCUACCAUUUGCGUCACAACGCAGCUGCAGUUAUUAUGGGCGUUACCUACGGUAUCACUAUUGCUUCAACGGAGGAUCGCUAUAUAGCUAUAGCGGAGAAAGCGCUCGAAGGCAUGGGCAAGGCCGCAAGCCCUGGCGCGUUCCUCGUCGACUUGCUUCCUAUCCUGAAACACGUCCCUGAGUGGGUUCCUGGCGCUUCGUUCAAACGCAAGGCGCAUGAAUGGCGUAAUGCCGUAAUGGAGAUGCGGGAUGCGCCCUUCGCGUCUGUCCUCAAUGACAUGAAAAAUGGACAGGCACCUCCCUCCUUUGUAUCAAAUCUCCUGAACGACAUUGAAAGUAAGGAAAAUGUCCAGGAAGAAUUGGAUACUAUCCGUAAUUGCGCAGGGCUUGCAUACGCUGCUGGCGCGGAAAGUACCGUUUCGACUUUGACGUCUUUUGUGCUUGCCAUUUUGAUCCAUCCCGAAGUUCAAGCAAAGGCUCAAAAGGAACUCGAUAGCGUCGUUGGCACAGAUCGCCUUCCUGAAUUUAGUGACCGGCCGGCCCUGCCCUACACGACUGCGAUCCUCAAAGAAGUCUUACGAUGGAACCCAGUGGCUCCUCUUGGUCUUCCGCACAUGGUCACGCAGGACGAUGAGUAUAACGGUUAUUUCAUUCCUGCUGGAACCACUAUUGUUGGAAACUCCUGGGGUAUUCUCCAUGACCCGAAGGUUUUCCCCGACCCGCACGUAUUUAACCCGGACCGCUUCAUGGGCAGAGAUGACAACCAGCACUUCUCCUCAGGAGAUCCCCUAUCAGCGGCGUUUGGGUAUGGACGACGCGUCUGCCCAGGUCGCUAUAUGGCAGAAGCGCAAGUUUGGAUUUCUAUUGCAUCGAUUUUGAGCGUCUUCGACAUCAGUCCUGCCCAUGAUGAAUUCGGCCGCCCAGUCGAAAUUAUUCCUGCCUUUUCCUCGGGAAUGAUCUGGUAA